GCUGCUAGCAAGCUCCUUCCCAAGCUCACCAUUAUCCUGGCCUGCUCUACCUCCCUCCCUCCCCUUCUCCCCCGUACCCUUGUAAUUGCCAAUUCAUUGCUCUCUCUUUUUCUUUCCACGUAAACGACUUCCUCACAGCGUCGCUUCUUGGUGCACCGCUUCCUCCCCCCAAGAUGGCGACGCAAGUCAUUACGAACUCGGGUCACGAUGACAUGAUUCACGAUGCAGUCCUCGACUACUACGGCCGGAAACUCGCCACCUGCUCGAGCGACCGCACCAUCAAAAUCUUUGAAAUCGAGGGCGAGACGCAACGGUUGAUAGAAACGCUCAAAGGACACGAGGGCGCAGUCUGGUGCGUCGCCUGGGCGCACCCCAAGUACGGCAACAUCCUCGCCUCGGCGGGCUACGACGGCAAGGUCUUCAUCUGGAAGGAGCAGGCCAGCGGCAGCGGCGGUCCUCAUCAGGCCGGCGGCGUCGGCGGUGUUGGUGGUGCUGCUGGCGCUGGUGCUGGCGCUCCCGGCGGUGGCGGCGCAGCGUGGCAGCGCAUCUACGACUUCCCCCUGCACAAGGCGUCGGUCAACAUCGUCGCCUGGUCCCCGCACGAGGCCGGCUGCCUCCUCGCCUGCGCCUCGUCCGAUGGCUCCGUCAGCGUCCUCGAGUUCAAGGACAACGCCGUCGACCACGUCACCCUCCCCGCCCACGGCCUCGGCGUCAACUCGGUCUCGUGGGCCCCCGCCACCUCCCCCGGCAGCAUCGUCAGCAGUGCCCCCGUCGGAGGCGGCCCCGCCGCUGCCGCCGCUGCCCUCGCCGGCAACCGCCGCUUCGUCACCGGCGGCUCCGACAACCUCGUCAAGAUCUGGGCCUUCGACCCCGCCUCCCAGUCGUACAAACAGGAGCGCGAGCCCCUCGCUGGCCACGCCGACUGGGUCCGCGACGUCGCCUGGUCCCCCACCGUCCUCCAAAAGUCGUACAUCGCCUCCGCCUCCCAGGACAAGACGGUCCGCAUCUGGACCUCGGACCCCGCCUCCCCCGGCCACUGGGACUGCAAGGUCCUCAACUUCGACGCCGCCGUCUGGCGCGUCAGCUGGUCCCUCAGCGGCAACGUCCUGGCCGUCAGCGGCGCCGACAACAAGGUCACCCUGUGGAAGGAGAACCUCCGCGGCGAGUGGGAGUGCGUCAAGUCCAUCGAGGAAUGAAGCCCCCGCGCCGGAGCGGGACGUCAUGGAGUGCAGACGCGAUGGUGAAGCAGAAGCCAUGGAUCUACAAGGGGCCGAAGCAGCAGCGAAUGGUUCGCUGCUCAAACACGGUGUAGUUGCGAGGCGUUUGGAGGCCAAGAUGAGGCGGCAGAGACAAGCUCUCGUUGGCAACCUUGGCUCUUGGCCAGGCUGCAUCGCUCAGGGCUUGCUCUAUCAUUCCAACUGAGACGGAUGCAAUUCAGGGGAGGGGGACACAACCAGCUAGACGCGUCUGAAGAGUAAUGAACAUGUAAAAGCGCAAUCUUUGUUUUGUCUUCCAUGUCACAGGGGGCUGUUGUUACUCUUUAAGCUAGACAAUCUUCCCAAAAGCGCCCCAGGUGUCCCUCUUAGGCCGUACAUUGAGAGCGGUCAUAAAAUCAUCAUGAAUUUUCUG